UUCAAAACCGGUUCGAACGUUGAACAGUCAUUUGUGCUGGUACCGUACUCCCAAACCAGCUGGUGCUGUUAGCUUGAAUCAUCCACAGACGUUUAGAAACCGGAACAGAAUCCUUCCGCAAAACGCCUACGUUCGUAUGAUAUUGACCCUAGCAGUCAAUGAACUCCGAUCGACUCUGCAAACCGGGAAGAUGAUCACACCGCAGGUUCACGCUAUAGAUCGCACCACCACACCAAGGUUAACUAGUCCGGCACGGAACGGAAACGGCCGUUUGGCGAUUGUCACAUCGUAAGUGGUUGGUGUGCAAAGAAUGGAAGAAGUUCGCGAAAGAAUCAAACCUCGCGAAACCAAUAUCAACAACACACUCGCCAAGGCUUUUAGCCGGAAUGUUUGCCGUCUCAUCCCAAAUUUCAAACGUAUAAAUAAGAGGUGACCGAUCGCUAAUUCGCGGAGAUUCGCUAGACGCGAGCUGUGGCUACAGUGCAUAACGAAACGGAACGAAGCAAUUGUACAGAAGUGAUGUUGCGGGCGUUUGUGAUAGUGAUGAUGGUCGGAAUGGCACUAACAGUGCCAAUCCAAAACACGCGAUCCACUGGUGUUUCGGUGCCAACAAGCCUGGAAUCUGUAGACAGUAAAGCAAAUCCACAACCGGCGACUCGUCAGUUGGCGGAUGAUUCUGAAGCGGACCGCAACAAACGGCAUCUCGGCUUCGGAGGCAUCGGUAUCGGUGUAGGUCUGAUCGGUGGAGGAUUCAGCCCGUACGACAACUAUGGCUACGGUGGCUAUUAUGGAGGGCAUCAAGGCUACUACGGCGGCUAUGGCAACCAGCUCGGUGGCGGUUUUGGAGGACCGUAUGGCUAUGGAGCGCCACCUGGCUUUGGAAGUCCUUACGGCUUUGGUGGCUUCCCCGGGCCAUACGGAGGAUACGCUAGCGGGUACCAGUACGGCUACGGGUCCGGAUACAGCAGUGGAUUCUUCGGCUAGUAAACACCAAACUAUUAUCAGCUCUCGGUAGAUCGUAAAUCACUUCAGUCAGUAUUAAUUUAUUCACAGCAAAUAAAUUAUUUUACCUUCACGA